AUGAGACUGCCCCGGAGUUGGCGACCUCGGUGGAACCUUGCGGGCUUUUUCCGUCUACUUAUUCAAGUGCUGCGUACUCCGUUCUUUCUACCUCUCAUCACCUUCUUUCUGCUCUAUAACGUUGCCUACGCGAAAUGGUGUAUAAUCUACGACUGUAACGGUAUCUGGAAGCCCGCCUUUCCCCCAUCCUGGCGAACAUGGGCUCUCGCGCUAGCAGUGGCCCCUAUCAACGCGGCAAUAUGGCUGGUCUGGAUGCUUGGUUGGGAGGCAGCAGUAUGGUGGUUCAGAAUACGGAGGGUGCGCUCUCGGGUGAGCUCGCGAGCCGGUAGCCCCAGAAUUUCAGGUUCUGGAGACGAUGCGGAGGACCAGCUGCUGCCAGGCAGUGACCGUACAUCGAGAUCGGUGUCUCCAAACGAAAAGCAGUAUCGGUCACGCCAUGGACUGGGCUGGGAGUGGUUCUGGUGGUUUCAGGUUGGGCUCUAUGUGUCCAUUGCGCUCGCCGGACUCUGGCAAGGCGCUCACUAUGAGCACCCGAACGACAUUCGAUACAGGCCGGUAAUUCAACAAGUCCUUGCCGACAAGCCACAUCCCUAUCCUAAUGGCUAUGGGAAGGGAGAGAAGAUCUAUAUUGCUGCCGCGUUCUACAAUAACGAACAAAUCUUACCUUACUGGACGAACACCUUCCUCACCGUGAUAUCCUACCUGGGCACACAGAACGUCUUUGUUUCUAUUGUCGAAUCUUCCUCGACAGAUAGAUCUCCGGAACUCCUUUCAGAUUUUGCUACCAAGUUAUCGGAUAUGGGUGUUGCGCAUCGCGUGUUGGUUAGGGACGACACUAUCGUGAAGCCGGGAGAUCUGUCGUUCAACAACCGGAUCAACUUCCUUGCAGCGAUACGCAAUCGCGUUAUGGAGCCUUUGGUAGAGAAUGGGGGCUACAGUCGAGUGUUGUUCUCCAAUGACGUAUAUGUUGAACCGGAAAGCGUCAUUGAGCUGCUGGAGACUGCGGAUGGCCAAUAUGAUAUGGCUUGUGCCAUGGAUUUCAAUCAUUUUGGAGCGUAUGAUGCGUGGGUCCUCCGAGAUCGCCUUGGGCACCUCACGAGCACAGUUUGGCCAUUUUUCAUUGAUGCACCUUCGAUCAAGCUGAUGCAUGAAGAUGCACCGGUGCCUGUCUUCAGUUGCUGGAAUGGAAUGGUCGUCUUUGCUGCUGACCCAUUGCUUCCCAUCUCACUUCGUUCAAACACGACCCUAUCAACUUCCCCUCUACCUCGUCCCAUUCCUCCUACACACCCGGCCGCACGCGAUCCGUCUUUGCGGGGCCCAUCUCCUGCACUGACGCCACCACUUCGAUUCCGGUCGGCUGAUAGAGACGCAGGGGAGUGUUUUUCGUCGGAGUCAUUCCUACUGCCGUACGACAUGCGCCGUGUGUACGAUCUACAGCGUAUCUAUGUGAACCCGCGGGUCGUAACCAGCUACUCGUGGCAUUUCUACAUAUGGUUCAAAUGGGUGCUCGGUCACCCUCUCGUACGCUGGUGGGUGCGUGACGUCUAUGACGGCGCGUGGAUGGAACGUGCCAAGAUGAUUGUGGGUGACGAGAAGGAUGUCUGGGUUUGGGAUGGAGGGGACUGCCAUCCGUGGUGGUAA